UAUAAAAACAAAACAAAAAAAAAAAGACCAUUUUUAGGAGACAAUGAGUUGUACACCUUUUGCCAAAAUGAUGUCGCACAAUAAAAAUUUAAGCUGUCGCACCAUUAAAAAUAAAGAGUGUCGCAGCAAUUGAGAUCAGUUUUUUUUUCUAACAAACAAUUUACAAUGAGUUUUACAUUUUAUUUUAAAGAUGGGUCAGGAAACAUUGUCGACGAAAAUGGCAACGAUCCUAUGGACAUUAUUGAGGAAGAGAAUCUAUUUAAGUUGGAAGAACUAACCUCAUCUCUCAAAGGAAAUCGUGUUAACAAUGAUAUUAAAGCUAAUGCUGUUCACUUAGUGGACAUUCAUCCUAAAAACAGCGCCAGAGCAAUUGCUUUGCAGUUAAAACUGGAGCCAAGAACUGUUCAAAGAUGGUAUAAGAGCUGGAAAAAUGAUCCUGACUCACUUUUUAAAACUAUUGGUCGACCAAGAAUAAUUGAACCUGAGGGAGAACUGGCAGAGGCAGCGAAGGGUCUGGUAACUGACUUCUAUUUUAAACAGCCUACUGCAACUGUUGAUCAAUUGAUGGACCAGUUGACUAAAAAUUUUGAAGACUUUUUUCUUUCGAAGAGAACUGUUUAUCGCUACCUGGCUGAUUUAUGGAUUUUUACUUUGAAAGGAGUGGAAGAACUUAAGAAAACGGGCGUUGAUUACAUGAGAAACUGUGUAUUUAUUGAUGAAGCAGGUUUUAACGCAAACUUGAGAAGGUCACAGGGUUGGUCAUCAAAAGGGAAACCUGCUACAGUUAAGGCUCUUACGGUUAGAGCCAACUCUGUGUCUCUAUUUUAGGUGCCAUUUCUGCAAAGGACCUAAUCAAAGUUUGUUUAAGAAAACCUUGUUGUAUACAACCAUCUUAUUACAUACUAGAAAACUUAUAUAUAAUAUCGAUGUUUAAAUGAGUAUUUAUGUUAGAGCUCAGACUUAACACAUAAUACCAAUCACAUAUCUUUUUUUUUUUAUGGAGACCAAAAUGGCUCGGAUGUUUAUUAGUGAAAUAUGAGAAAGUCACAUUAAAGUUUUUGAUAUGCGUUUUUUAAAAA